AUGUCAAAGAUCCGGAAACGCGACAAUCUAUAUGGCAUCUACGCACUUGUUUGUUUCAUCCUACUUUUGGUGACCUCGUUGCCUAAAAUGAGACGGAGGUUCUACAACGUAUUCUUUGCAUUCCAUUACAUUUGCACUUGGACGGCAGUACUGUUCCUGUACGUUCAUGUCAGACCACCUAUUCCAUACCUGACUGCCAUCAAUGCUGCAAUCUUGGUGUACCAAAUUUACUUCAAAUUUAGGAUCUCCAAAGUUUCCUCGAUUGAGGUGACCCAGCUUUCUGCGAAUCUGCUGCUUGUGACCUUCCCUGGAUCAGCACUGGCAGUGAAGUCAAUAAUGCCGGGUUGCCAUUUGAGAAUGAACGAGUUUGACAACUCUAACUAUCUGAAACAAAUCUGGCGACACUCUCUGGCGCCAGUUCAGCAUCCUUUCACGAUUGCAACCCUACCGUCUGACGAAAAACAGAUGAUGAUCAUCCGAAAGGGGCGCUUCGACUUGUCAUCCGAAAAGAAAUAUCUCAUCACAGGGGCAUAUCUACCUCACUUGAGCUUCUUGAAGCCAAUGAAAAAUGCUAACCCACGUUCGCUCCUUUUCCAUACUAAAGUCAAAAAAUGUUUAAUAGUUGUUGGAGGAUCUGCAAUCAGUUUUGCUCUCCCAAUUUUGAGGACACUUAGUUAUAAUGGGGCCACCGUGAAGAUAAUUUGGGUUCUCAGGGAUCAUGAAGACCUCAAAAUCUUGGACUACUUUCAAAACAUACUAGUCAACGACGACUGCAUCGACAUUUUCAUCACUGGCUCCUACAGUCAGCAGGAGAUUUAUAGUUUCAAAAGAGCGAUAAGGGAACUUCAUCGUCUCAACAGGCAGAUGGAGCUCUCAAACCAGGAACAAGUCCUCAAUGGAACAUACUCUCCGCAAUACCAUGAAAAGUCACCUCUCAUGCAGUCCAAGGUAAGCUAUCAAACAAUGGCUAAUGAAUUCGACCCUGUUCUUGCUCACGAAAGUUCAGCCCAGAAAAACAGGGCUGCAUACAUCCCUCUUCGCCAUCAUGCUGAGCUACUCAAAUCUGGGUACUCUGCUGAGGAUGAAGACAAGUUUGAAAAUGUCGAUUUGGAUCUGGAUGGUAAAUGCAGAAAUCCCGAACCAAACGUCCCUAGAAGCUCCUCGUUGUAUUCAGGAAUCCUCGACACCCCUACGGAAUCUGCCCAACGACGUGACUCCUUCAGCUUGCGUUACUCAUCCUCUUCUGGUAUCUAUGAUGAUUUGGCAGAUUACUGGAUUCUUAAAGGUUUAGCUUGUCGGAUUGAAUUUGGAAGGCCAAGAUUGGGCAUCCAUUACUACAAUUGGUGCACUGGCUCUUCGUGUAUUGGCCCCUUGAUAGACAUACACAACGGCCAGUCAGUGUGUUGCAACGAAAUUACAAUUGAAAACAAGGGCCAGAAAUUACACUAUCAAAAGAGUGAUGGCCAUAUGUUGGGUUCGGAUGCGCAAGACGAGCUUUUCCUUAAUGAGCAAUUCGUAAAAAACAGACAGCAGAGAUUUCAAGAAAGAGGGGGAGAACUGGAUGAGUCCACAUGGGUUAUUGGUGCAGGUCCUAUUGGCCUUGUGAACAGAGUCCAACUUUGGGCUAAUGAUUGCGGUUUCAAUUUCCACGCAGAGAGCUUCAGUAUCUAG